ACAUUUAGCAUCCAUUUGCACUCCCAACCCAAUCCCCCCCCCCUCACUGACCGUGCGUUUGGCCGCUCGUCUAACUCUCCCCCGGUUGCCGUGUCCCUAACCAGUCGCGACACGUCACCUCGUUGCCGACCGUGUUCCGACUUUAGAACUUCCGGGGCGAGACGACGCGUUGCGGGCCGCCCUACGAGAAGAACUGAACGUCGUCAACGAGAAGACGGAGGCCAGAAGGGUCGCUCGCGUCGCCCUCUCCGAGAUCAAAACGCUCCUCGCCGAGGACGACCCGGGCGAGGAGACGGCCUGGCGGCUGAAGAUGAAGACGCUGGAGGUCACCCGGGAAACACUCAAGCUGGAGAAGGAGAGGAUUGGGCUGGAAAGGGAGCGGAUGGAGGUGGAGACCAGGAGGAUGGAAGUGGAGAGGGAAAAGAUGGAGUGGGAAAAAGAAAGGAGGGCGCGGGAAAAAGCAGAAAAGGGAAGCUUGGAGCGGGAGAAGGCGGACGAAGAGAAGCCGGAGCGAGAGAGACUCGCUUUCGACGAAGCCACGGAAGAGAGGGAGCGCUCGGCCGGAGAGGGAGGGAAGGAAAGGGAGAGGCUCGCCGGAGACGUGGAGCGGCCGCGCAAAGAAAAAGAGGCGGCCGAGAAAGAGCGCCUCGUUCGAGAGAGCGAUCGACUGGCUCAGGGCGAGGAGAGCGCCGGCGGGGAGGAGGAGCGAGCGCGCGACGAGGCCGCUCGGGACCGGACGGAAGCCGAGCGUCCCGACGCCAGGAAGGCGAACGCCACUCAGGCUCCGGAGGAGAAAAGUCGGCGCGCCGGCGGCGUGACGGCCGGCAGGAGGGAGAAGGUCGCGGUCGCCGACAAGAUGGCUGCCGGCGGCAAGAAGAAGUAAAUGCUUCCUGUGCUCCUGUUUGUUUUUCUU